UCUAAGUAACGAAACAUUAUAUAUAGGAAUUUACUUAUAAUAUUCAAAAGAUUGAAAACAUCAAUUCUUUAAAACAAAAUGGAGCAACAACGUCAAAUAGUUACCGAAUCCGACAUGUUUUUAACUCAGGAGUUUGAUGACGUCAGCAACAAUGAAAAAAAGAAUUUUCACAAGCAAAAAGACGAAACCAGGUGGAAGAAAAUGCACAAACAAGUAAAAUCGAACCUGCUGUUAAUACUCACUCUUUUGGGUGUUGUUGUCGGGGUGUCUCUUGGUUUCGGUGCUCGGCAAUUAGAACUUACGUCGACACAAAUCGCCUAUCUAGCCUUUCCUGGAGAACUCUUCAUGCGUGCUCUGAAGAUGAUAAUUUUACCGUUGAUUGUGUCGAGUAUUAUCUGUGGAUUGGCGGGAAUGGAUGUUCGUUUGUCCGGAAAACUUGGUCUAAGAGCAAUUCUUUAUUACAUGACAACCACCGUCCUGGCUGUUACCACGGGAAUAGUCAUUGCUGUAGCCAUUCAACCAGGGGCCUCGACAGCGGAGGUUGGAAAUAACGGGACUGACGCAAUGGAUAAUGUACAUGAGCAAGCAAGUGCGGUUGAUUCUUUUCUUGACCUUCUGAGAAAUAUGCUCCCAGAAAAUAUUAUCCAAGCAACUUUCCAACAAUACAAAACUACUCGAAUUUUUGUGGUGUCUGAGGAAAAUAUACUUGCCAGCAAUAAAACAGGUGAUAAUUCCUCUCUUGUGGCAAUCGCUGCCUCACACACAAAACUGGAAGGUGGUUAUAACAAUGGACUCAAUGUACUCGGGAUUAUUACAUUCAGUGCAAUAUUUGGAAUAUUUUUAGGAAGAAUUGGAAAAAGAGGUGAAGUCGUCACUAAAUUUUUCGUCGGAUUUAAUGACGUCAUAAUGAACAUUGUUAGUUUUAUUAUGUGGUUAUCACCAGUCGGUAUUGCUUUCUUGAUCGCAGGAAAAAUUGCCGAAGUUGAAAAGCUGGAAGAAAUUAUGGCCAAGCUUGGUCUUUAUGUUGUCACGGUGUUAACAGGAACGUUGAUUCAUGGUUUUAUUACUUUGCCUGCCUUGUAUUUUGUCACCACAAGGAAAAAUCCGUUCAAGUUUAUUGCUGGAAUGUCCCAAGCAUUGUUGACAGCGUGGGCUACUGCUUCUAGUUCAGCCACCUUGCCAAUUACUUUCAAAUGCACCGAAGAAAAGAACGGAAUAGAUAAGCGAGUGACCAGGUUUAUGCUUCCAGUAGGUGCAACGGUUAACAUGGACGGGGGAGCAGUUUAUGAAGCUGUAUCCGCUCUAUUCAUAGCUCAGAUGCAAGGAUAUCCAAUCGAUUUCGGAACGAUUCUUACUAUCAGUGCAACAGCGACUGCGUCUAGUGUCGGUGCAGCUGGUGUUCCUCAUGCGGCGUUAGUUACAAUCAUGAUCGUUUUACAAGCCUGUGGUCUUCCAGUCACUGAUAUACCCUUGCUUCUAGCUGUGGACUGGUUAUUGGAUCGUUUCCGAACCAUGGUAAACGUAUUUGGCGAUGCAGUGGGAACAGGUAUUGUAGCUCACUUAUCUCGCAAAGAAUUAUCCAGCUCAGAAUAUGCUGACAAUUCAGAAAGUGACGAAAGUUUGAAUUCAAGCUCUUCAUACAAAAAAUCAAGAGAUGAUCAAAUAACCAUUGUGGACUCUGUGAGUGUUGUGUGAUGACAGUAUUUUCACUGGAGAAGAAUCGUCUUAUCUACAUAGUUAAAACCAAUAAAACCUUGUGAAUACCGAUUUCAAUCGCAUUCAGAAAAGAAUGGAACGAACGCGGAUAUAUUAAAUGACUGCUGUGUAAAAUUGAAAGCAAUUUAUUGUAAAACUGAUCCAUUUUAUGGAUUUUCAUUCUAAAUGUCUUUCUCAUCGUCUUUUGACGGUAAUAAUUCCUACAAAAAUUCGCUUUUCUUGCUGAAAUUAGUUACUAAUUUUUAAUGUACACCUCGAAGUUCUUUAAAGUUCGAACAAAAAAAACGCAAUAUGAAACAAAGUUUAAUUAAAAACUGUUUUAUUCUCGCUUACUUAUUCCUAAUAACUACAUUUAAUAUGCUUACUGUGCCACGCUAUGCAAAAUACUAGUUGCACAUUCACUGGAUUUUUAUAUGCGACACUGUUUCUUUUGUUUGUUUAUUUAUAUACUUUUAUUUAUAUCUGGUUGCUUCUUAUGUUUCUAAGUUAUUUUAAACUAAUAUAAUGAUAUUAAUAUAAACAUGACAUAAUGCUCAAAAACGUGAAUCAAUUUCUGUUUUAAUAUACACAGUGUUGUUUAUUGCAGCGUUUUUCACCGUUUGGUUAAUAAAUUUUCACAUCACCGUCUUUG